AUGUCAAGUGAUUCUAACCCCCAGAAGAAAUCCCGGGAAGACUCCUCACCAUUUCCUUGGCUCAACAGAAUUCCAGGCUAUCAUUACUACGAUACCCCUGAUGGCGAGGAUUGUCUGCAGAAAGUUAUUUAUAUGAAUAAAGUAGGUGCUCUCUUGGGCGGUUUUUACAGCACCUUAGAUGUUUUAACCUUGUCAAAACCAGUUGGAGUUGGAAACAUUGCCUUAAGGUACGCCACUCUUACCUUACCCGUUAUGGCAGUAGGUUCAACCUUUGCUGCGGUUACAUGCCUGUCAACUAGUUUUCGAGACAAGGAUGACAUUUGGAACUAUUUCUAUGGAGGAUUGGCUGCAGGUAGUGUCGCUGGAGCUGCUGCUAGGAACGGCGUGGUAGGAACUGUCUGUGCAUUUUCCUUUGGAGUUCUUGGAAUGGUAAAGAAAUACUCAGUGCAAGAAGGGUUUGAUCUUUUCCCUCCGGUUGUCGAUAAGGACCGAACUUCUCACCUGGGUCCAUGGUCAAUCCACUGGGACUUCACAUUGGCGCGAGAUGAUCAGCCCAAAGGAUGGAAAUCAGCAGAUAAAUAA